AUGCAGUUUGACUUUUUUAACCAUAUCCCCAAAAGAGCUGGCCUGUUCUUGGAUACAGAAAGCACAGCCACUAAAGCAAGGAAAAAAGUACAAGAAUUGAAAGAUGUGAAGAAUAAAUUGGAGAUGGAAACUCAAAGACAAAUGGAUUUGGCAGAAAAUGAGAGUAGUGUAACAAUUCAAAGCAAUGAAAAUGUACAGGGUAGGUCCAAGGUAGCUCAGUUUCCUUCUGUAACAAUACUGGAGCAACAAUCCCUUACAGGACCCGCUAUAUGGGGGACUGUUUAGAACGGAUAGAGUUAUCCAGUAGAAAUUAAGAUAGUUAAUUAGUAAGUGUUUUCACUGAAUUCAUACACAAUAUUGCAGUCCUGACCGAACCAGCAAGAGUGAAUGAAAUUCAACAGAGCAAUGAAGUGAUCAUUACAAGCAGACCCAAGUUCGAAUGACCACCAAACUUUGAACCUCAGACAAGAGACGGUUACUACUUCGCGUGUUUUUACUCAAGCUACCGCAAUGUUAGGACGGUCAGCAAGGAACCAAGCCUCACAUCAGCAAAAUCAUGGUGGAGAUUUACGAGAUCAGCAAGACGCAAGAGAACAAGCACCCCGCAUCAGUCAGACAAGUACUGUUCAUCAAUUAGUAGCUGCACCAAAGACACCAUCUUCCAAUGAACAAAACAAAGAGCAAGGUACAUCUAGUUCUUAAAGUAACACUAGCCAACAGAUGGGCCUUACUGGGUUCAUUGUAGAACAAUUUAGAACUGAUAGAGCUAUUCGGUUAAUUUACAUAUCCUUCUGCCUGCUCACGUAUCUCAAAUUCUCAUUACUUCAGGCAGACCUUCAGAUUCACCGAUGGAACAAUCUCAGCAAUCUUCACAAGAAACUACUGCCGUCACCACCCAUGCACCUACCACGCCAACAAGUACAGGCCACGUGACACCAGUUAAUCAAUCAAAAGCAGGCACACCAGUGAACCUAUCAGCUGCAAGAAGUCCACUAGACUUCAAUAAACACAUACAGUACAUGAGACAGGCCACACAAUCACCUGGUGCAGGAUUUACGUACACUGGGCGUUCCAUGUACGGCAACAAUAAUCAGGUGAAGUAUAUAUUGGUGGAAGGUUUAAGAGGAAGUAGGUGACGAUCAAUCUGAGAACUGUUGGCAUUUAUAGAAGAAAGCGAAUUAAAUUAAAUCACUAAGAUCACUAUUUAUAGUGAAACGAAAUUAACCUUAUUUUCCGACUUGGAAAACUGUCGGUUGAUGACCAUCUUUUGCACGAUGGUGCUUAAUGAAACUGUGACACCUACCAGUUCUCAGUGACCAGUACUAGUUGUUUGAUAGGGAGUAAAGGUCUGAUCCAGAUUUCAUUGAUGUACCAUGAUUGCAAGCAAAGCCUUUGCCAAUAACAGUUUUUGGUGAUAAUGACACGCGAGUUAUCUCGUACAAACAUACGUCUUGUUUGACACGCAUGCGCUUCCAAAGACGAUAUUCCAUUAUCUAACAACUUUUUCGUGUUCCCUGAUGAAUUCCUAAUACCCCUCAUCUUAGGUUAAUCAGCAACAGCGAGAAGACGACGAUCAACAGAAUGAAGCUGAUGGGAUGAGUUACGAAGCACCACUGAAUGACCAACAUCAGCAACAUGAUAUCUCUCUCAAUUUCUUCCACCCUUUUGAACAACAAGAGAGACAAGAUCAGAAUCUAUUCGGCCAGGUGCAGUAAUGAAUGUAUACAGUAAUUUUUGAGUAAUUUUGCAAGUAACUUGUUCAUUCCUCAGUCAAUCCUAUGACCCUAAUAUUCCAAUAUUAUAUAUAUCUUACCGCAGGCAAAUUCUGAACAGUCUCCUGCCCGGAAUAGAAGUAUAUUUAAUAUGCAAUCAUCGCCGUCAAAUUCAGGUGGAUAUCAAAAUUCUCUCUGACAGAACUAUAUAUUUUUGUAUCUUUAAGUCCUGACAGUUCAAAUAAUCAUAAGUUACUAUUUCUCAAUUACUCUAGCAACCUCAAGUCCUGGAAAGGGUUUCUCGUUUGGUUCGACAUCUCCCAAUGUAGGAGGUGGAACAAACUUUCUUUCCUCUAAUUCACCACAAGGUUUGUUUGUUUGAAUAACAUAUAGACCAAGGGGCAAAGAACAAUAAGGAGAGAACAAUAGGGAGAGAACAGUAGAAUAAUAGGGAGAGAACAAUAGGGAAAGAACAAUAGAACAAUAGGGAAAGAACAAUAGAACAAUAGGGAAAAAAUAGAACAAUAGGAAGAGAACAAUAGAACAACAGGAAGAGAACAAUACAAAAAGAACAAAACAAUAUGGAAAAACGAAUGACUAUUGUACCUCUCAUUUCAGGGGCCUCUACUGCUCAGACAGCAUUUUCCUUUGGUGCUUCCACAGCUGAUGCUGGUAAUGACUUCCUAUCAUCAACUUCGCCAGGUGGUAAUAUGUUUGGUCAAAAUAACAAUCAAGACAAUGAAUCCUUUGAUGGCGGCGGAUUUUCUCUCUUCGGAUCGUCAUCGUCGCCAAAUCGGGGACAAGAAGACAACUCUGGUGGAUUUAGUUUUAGUUUCGGUGGUGGUGGAAAGUCCCCAUCCAGUUCAAAUAACGGUUCAUCAGGAUUUUUCCUGUUCUGA